AUGCAUUUUUACCCUCUUUCAGUAUUUGUGGUGGGACUUUGGUAUUCGAUCUGGUCUCAACCAAAAACGCGGUUCCCUCACUUUGACGAGACAUUGAGGGAUUUAAGCAUCGGCGAUAUCAACUUUCUUCAAACUACAGACACCCAUGGCUGGUACCUGGGUCAUAUCAACCAGAGACAAUAUUCUGCCGAUUGGGGCGACUUCAUAAGCUUUGUGGACCGGUUCCGCGAGCAAUGUCAUGAACAGGACUCGGACCUGUUGUUGGUGGAUUGUGGUGACAGACACGAUGGCAACGGCCUGAGCGACUUGACUAGUCCUAACGGUGUUUAUUCCUCCGAGGUGUUUAUGGAACUGGACUUUGACGUCAUCACUGUGGGGAAUCACGAGCUUUACGUCAAGGAGGUGAGUGAGCUCGAGUACAACACUGUUGUUCCAAGAUACGGAGAGAAGUUUAUCAGUACAAAUGUGGAGUAUUUGAACGACAAUGGCGAAUAUGUUCCGUUUGGAAACUCUACAUAUAGAUACUUCACCACAGAUGUCAAGAAGUACAACGUUUUCGCUCUUUCGUUCUUGUUUGACUUCACAGGAGGCAACGAGCGGAUCAGAGUGACACCAAUUGCAGAGAUCGUCAAACAGAAACAGUUUUUGGAGCUGCUCGAAGAGUUCUCAAAUAAACCGGUUGAUCUUGUUGCUGUGGUUGGGCAUUUGCCGGUCAGUCACGACUGGCUUGAGACAGAGGUUCUUCACCAGGUCCUUCGGAGAUAUUUCCCUAACAUCGUUAUUCAGUAUUUUGGAGGCCACUCUCACAUUAGAGAUUUUACCAUUCUUGAUAACAAGUCGUUUGCUCUUCAAAGUGGCAGAUACUGCGAGACUGUUGGGUUUCUUUCAUUGUCGCAGCUGGAUCAGGACAACAUCGACCUAGACAGAAAGUACAUCGACUUCAACCUCCAGUCUUUUCUUCACCACACCAAUUACUCAACUGUUGACGGGUUCAAUACAAAGCACGGAUUACAAGUUUCUCAAAGGCUCACGGACAUCAGCAACGAGCUGAAUCUUAGCGAGACAUUUGGCGUGGCUCCACACAGCUACUUUUUGGCCGGAGCAGACUACAAUUCAAAUGAUCCAAACAGCCUGCUACGCUUUUUUGAGAACCACAUUCUGACGCAGUUGGAGCCAAAGAUAUGUCACGAGAACAUGGAUCCUGUGGUUUCAUCACAAAACAACUCUCGAAUGGUGCUCAUCAACACCGGAUCGAUCCGCUACGAUCUAUACAAAGGUGACUUCAAUAGGAACUCUCAGUUUAUUGUGUCUCCUUUCAAGAAUAAGUGGAAGGUGUUGCAAAACGUUCCUGCCGAUGUGGCCGUACAGAUCCAGCCAAUCUUGAACAGAGGACCAUACAUUAUGUCUGCGAACUCUGCAAAUCAACUGGAUACGUCACAGCUACUUUCUCCGUACCAACGAGCAGUUAACUCGCAAAUGAAUGCCAACAGACUACGGUACGGACAAACGACCGUGGACGAUCUAGGAAACGACGGUGACGACACGAUCCACAAGCCGCUGCCAAAAUUUCAGGUCCCUAACGUGAUCCGAUCGUACGAGUACGUUGACAAGCUGCAACCGGUGGAUAUUGUGUUUUAUGACUUUAUCGAGAGGCACGUUCUCUGGGCACUGCAACAGGCGUGCGGAGACGAUAGAUUACUCUACCAUUCGCUGGUGCAACAGCUCACGUUCUACAAUGACUGCGAGCUGGAGUUCAACGUGGGCGAGCUGCUCAAGAAGUAUGCACUUAAAAACUGGCAGUGA